ACGUUACUAGGUUUGCGUUCGUAGUCCGCACUUUUGAAAUCAGUUUAGUCAUGUACUGUGACGGUAUGUCCCAUUGUUGCGUUAAGUGAGUUUACAUCUUCGGUGUCCUUUGUAAUGAACACGAGAGUGGCUUCGCCGGCUUCAGUCCAGAUCGCGUUUACCGUGUUUACUCUGCUUUUAUCGGUAAGUGUUUGCUCACGUUUGACGGUGCUUGUUCGGCUCGGCGAUGGUCAAAUAGCGGAGGAACUUUUAGAGGCGGACAGUGUGAAGGACAUUAUAACACUGGAGUUCAAGCAGACAGACGGGACUCUCAUCACAUUCCUGGCUGAUUUCAAGCGCCAUGUGAAGGUCUUUCGUGCGCUGGUGCUUGGAGAGCCAGAGAAGGGUCAGUCCCAGUACCAGGCGCUCUGCUUCAUCUCACAUCUGGAUCAAGGAGAGUUCAUUCCCAGCGAGGCCAUGGCCAGACUACGACAGAAAAACGCUCAUGUGGUGCGCACUGCGGAGGAGAGACGAGCAGUGGAGCGUUUCUCUUUGAACACAGCGCUCAACAUGAGUCUCUCCUGGCAGCUCAGUGCUCACAUCCGUAACAUCUGCAGGGACGCCCGAGACCUGGUCUACACACGACAACAGGACAUCCAGCACUGGAUGGACAGAGGAGUUGCAGGCUCAAUAUUUGAGGCGUUUCCUCCGAGUGUGAACGUGACUGGCCUACAAAGCUGCAGCUCCACAUCAGACCCAUGGCGGCCCUGCGCCUGUAGCUACAGCUUAAACCUUGAGUGGUUCCCCUGCCAGCUGAAGUACUGCCGUGGUCAAGGGCCAAACCCUUACAAGUGUGGCAUUAAGAGCUGCAGCCAAGGCUACCGCUUUGACUUCUACACCCCUCAGAAACAGCUGUGUCUUUGGGAGGAGGACACUUAGAUGCACCUGAGAGGAAGUAGAAAUGUUUUCUGUUUUUGUGGGAGAUGUAUUUUUGGCCCUGGGUCUACCUGGUGUUAAAGGAACGGUUGACCCACGAGGACAAAUGUGCUCACCAAGUGCUUACAAACUUUUAUGAGUUCAUUUCUUCUGUUGAACACAAAAUAAGAUAGUUUGAAGAACUUUGGAAAUCGGUAACCAUUGAGAUUCAUUGUAGGAAAAACAAAUACUAUGGAAGUCGGUGGCUACCAGUUUUCAACAUUCUUCAAACUAUCGUAUUAUGUGUUCAUCAGAAGGAGGAAAAGCUCUGGAAAAAGAGGACAAGGUAAUUCAAGACUAAUUUAAAAGACAGUAGUCCUUUUUGGGGUGAACUUCCUUAGAUUGCUUCCCAUACGUAAUUACAGUAUCACAUUUAAAUUCAAUCAAAUGUUUUCACCUACCUCAGGAAGUGGAUAAGCUCAAAACAUUUUAGACACUGUUUACACCUGUAUUUAGUGCCUUUUUUAGUUGGCUUGAUGCAAACUCCACAACAUGAAGUUAUUUAUUUUGUAUUAUUUUAAUAUGAUCAUUGUGGUUUACCUAUGGUUUCAAUCUGACCCUUUUUCUGAAAUCAUCUGUAAAGGAACACUCUUUUUGGAAAUAGGCUAAUUUUACAACUUCCCUAGAGUUAAACAAUUGAGUUUUACCAUUUUUUUAAUCCUUUCAGCUGAUCUCCGGCUCUGGCUGGAGCACUUUUAGCUUAGCUUAGCAUAAAACAUUGAAUCAGAUUAGACCAUUAGCAUCUUGCUCAAAAAUUGUAAUAAAACAUUUAGAUAAUUUUCCUGUUUAAAGCUUGACAAAUUAAAAUGAAAAGUUCUUUAUAGGGCAAUAUAGCUAGAAACUAUACUCUCAUUCUGGUGUAUUAAUCAAGUAACUUUUCUGUCUUACCAUGACUGCAGAAGUCUAAAUGAUAUUACUCAGUACCUGAAAAUAGUCCCCAGCUAAGUAACUUGAAAUUCUUGUGACCAUUGCUGUCUAUGGAGGAUGAGGGAGCUAUCUGAUUUAAUCUGAAGUAUUCUUAAGAGUUCGUACUUAGAUAUUGCUUGACUCUAUUAGCAAGUUUUGCAAGCUGUCCCAGGCGAGAACCCUGAGCUCGAAGAUAAUGGGGUAUAUGCACACAGACUUUUAAUUUUAGUCAGCCAGCCCCAUGGCUUCCGGUUAAUUGUCAUCCCAUACAAAAACAGCUGCAUUUAAGAUCUGAUUUCUUUAAAAAACAGCAAUCUUCACUGUCUGGCUGACGUGCGAUAUAAAGUGGGUAUCAGACCAAACAAGAAGCACUGCAUUAAAUUCGAUUUUUCCGUGCCAUGUAUUUCAGAUAUGGAAAUUAUUUUUCACCCCAGUAUUUUCAAUGAAACAGUGCUUGCGUUUACACAGUUUUUCGUCUCUUUUUACGCUUUAACAACCUAAUGGAUGCUUAAGUCGAUUUAACUGGUUAUUUUUGAAUUACAAUACAACAUUGAUGAUGUAAAAGGAACCAUAUCAAAUUGAAAAUAAUCACAUAAAGCUUUCACCGGAACUCUAUUGUUGGCUGAAAAACACUGCAUAUAGCCCAUUGAGCCCAGGGCUCCCGCCUGGUCAAUAAGCAUAUAAGGGGGUCCAGAUCAGGUAGGUCUCGAGAGCUCCCCCUGGCAAAGGGAAGAAAAAGAGGAGAUUGGGUGGAUGGGGGGAUUCUUCCAAAACGAAGAUAUGAUAGUUGGGAGAAAUCAGUCUAUUUAUUGUAAGCUUGAAUCUGAUUGGGUUAUGGCUAAUUACAGAUGAGAGACCAGCCGUGAUCAAUCAUAUCCCGUGCUUCUCUCGAAAUUAGUUUGUAAAACGUCACUUAAUUUGUCUUCCGAAGAUGAAUGACUUCUCGACAUGACGGGUCAGUAAUUAAUUACGGUAUUUUUUUAUUUUUGUGUGAAUAAACCAUUUAAGACUUGUCAUCAAAUGGCUGCUAUUCUGAUUGGCUAACUUUGUUGCAUAGUAAAAAGCAUCAACACCCGCUUGCUGUUACAUUUGAGUAAGUGCUUUGACAACAUUAGCCACAUAAUCCACCAUUCACAGACAAAGCAUUAUCAAAUUAUUUACGGUUUGCGAUGCAGCUGCUGUCAGAUUCAGUACAGCUGACAAACUUUUCUU